AUGACAAACAAGAUCAUUAGCUCCUUAUCCCCAGCAUUAGCUGAAGCAGCGAAGUGUAAAAGUAUUGCACCUUCUCCACCGCACCAGCUCCACCGUACCAUCUCCACAGCACCAGCUCCACAGCACCAUCUCCACAGCACCAUCUCCACAGCACCAGCUCCACCGUACCAUCUCCACAGCACCAGCUCCACAGCACCAUCUCCACAGCACCAUCUCCACAGCACCAGCUCCACCGUACCAUCUCCACAGCACCAGCUCCACAGCACCAUCUCCACAGCACCAGCUCCACAGCACCAUCUCCGCAGCACCAGCUCCACAGCACCAGCUCCACAGCACCGGCUCCACCGUACCAGCUCCACCGCACCAGCUCCACAGCACCAGCUCCACAGCACCAGCUCCACAGCACCGGCUCGACCGUACCAGCUCCACAGCACCAGCUCCACAGCACCAGCUCCACAGCACCAGCUCCACCGCACCAGCUCCACAGCACCGGCUCCACCGUACCAGCUCCACAGCACCAGCUCCACAGCACCAGCUCCACCGCACCAGCUCCACAGCACCGGCUCCACCGUACCAGCUCCACAGCACCAGCUCCACAGCACCAUCUCCACAGCACCAUCUCCACAGCACCAGCUCCACAGCACCAUCUCCACAGCACCAUCUCCACAGCACCAUCUCCACAGCACCAUCUCCACAGCACCAUCUCCACAGCACCAUCUCCACCCCACCAUCUCCACCGCACCAUCUCCACAGCACCAUCUCCACAGCACCAGCUCCACAGCACCAGCUCCACAGCACCAUCUCCACAGCACCAUCUCCACAGCACCAUCUCCACAGCACCGGCUCCACAGCACCAGCUCCACAGCACCAGCUCCACAGCACCAGCUCCACAGCACCGGCUCCACAGCACCGGCUCCACCGUACCAGCUCCACAGCACCAGCUCCACAGCACCAGCUCCACAGCACCAGCUCCACAGCACCGGCUCCACCGUACCAGCUCCACAGCACCAGCUCCACAGCACCAGCUCCACAGCACCAGCUCCGCAGCACCAGCUCCACAGCACCAGCUCCGCAGCACCAGCUCCACAGCACCAGCUCCACAGCACCAGCUCCACAGCACCAGCUCCACAGCACCAGCUCCACAGCACCAGCUCCACAGCACCAGCUCCACAGCACCAGCUCCGCAGCACCAGCUCCACAGCACCAGCUCCACAGCACCAGCUCCACAGCACCAGCUCCACAGCACCAGCUCCACAGCACCAGCUCCGCAGCACCAGCUCCACAGCAUCAACUCCACAGCACCAACUCCACAGCACCAGCUCCACAGCAUCAACUCCACAGCAUCAACUCCACAGUACCAGCUCCACAGCACCAGCUCCACAGCACCAGCUCCACAGCACCAACUCCACAGCUCCAGCUCCACAGCAUCAACUCCACAGCACCAACUCCACAGCACCAACUCCACAGCACCAGUUCCACCAUAUCAGCUCCACCGCACCAGCUCCACAGCACCAGCUCCACCCCACCAGCUCCACAGCACCAGCUCCACCCCACCAGCUCCACAGCACCAGCUCCACCCCACCAGCUCCACAGCACCAGCUCCACCGUACCAGCUCCACCCCACCAGCUCCACAGCACCAGCUCCACAGCACCAGCUCCACCCCACCAGCUCCACAGCACCAGCUCCACCCCACCAGCUCCACCCCACCAGCUCCACAGCACCAACUCCACCCCACCAGCUCCACAGCACCAGCUCCACCCCACCAGCUCCACAGCACCAGCUCCACCCCACCAGCUCCACAGCACCAGCUCCACCGUACCAGCUCCACCGCACCAACUCCACAUUACUAA